UGUCUUUGAUCCACUGCAACUUCAUGCUGGAUAAUUAACUGUAGUCUGGAAGACAAAACAUGCAGGGUAUUUCAGAGGGAAGGGUGUGAUCAUUUAGGAGAAGGAAACAAGGGAGAACGCUUGGAAGGUGGUGCAAAUGAUUAGUCAAGAAGACCCUAAGAAAGAUUGUUUAGUGUUUACAGUUACAUCAAAAGUGAACCGAGUCUCUCAAAUGGAACAUGACUUUUUAUCGUGCGUGAGGAACAAAACAACAUUCACAGACACCCCACUCCGAUAACAGUGUACUACCCCAAAAAAAUAGAGUUAAAGGAGUACAGGAAAAACAAGACUGUUUCUUUUGUUCACAAUAACAUUGCUGUUGUAAGAGUUAUAUAGGUGGUAUGACUUGUGCUGGAGGAACGCAGGAGGUUGUUGUGCAUAUGUUGUGCACAGCUGUGCUGGACCAAGACUUCUGAGUGUCAGGAUUUUAGGCAUCUGGAAAUUUGUCAGAACUGGCUUUGUUUCUAGCUAGUUUCUAUUCAGGAGGUGAGCGAGGCUCUUUCAUGAUUAACAAAGUCCACAGGAAUUUAGGAUGUGCAAAGGGGUUGUAGAGUCUUGGACUACCUAUUUCUGGGUCAUUUGUAAUGAUAUUGGACCAGAAAUAUCAAGAGGGAUUCUUGCUAAUACAUGUUCUUUUGUUUAUUAAAUGACAGGAGCUCGGAAAAUAAGUCAUUUCAGUGCAACAAGAACAGGCAGUGGCAUAAACCUUAUAAUUUGGAUAUCUAGACAUUUGUGCUUUAUGAUGUCAUGUCUGUACUGCUCUAUGCCAGGUUGCCAACUGGUGUAAUAAAGUUGUACAUUCAUAGGUUGCUCACUGUCUCAUAUUUCACUACCCUCAGAGUAAACUGAUUUUGAUCACCCCCUUAGUUUGUUCACAUGGUAUGACCAGUUGCUUGUAGUCAUCCCCUAGGCUAACAUUCCUGACUUCAUUCUAACCGUUGUUUUUUUUUUUUUUCUUUUUUUUUUUUUUAAAGAACUACACAAGUACAACUGCACAAGAGCACAAAGGUGAUAGCCUUUUGGUUUUACUUUGCUGAAUUUUUUUGUCCAAAGUACACACUGCCUGUGGGAGAUGACGCAUGAUGCAUCACAACAAACACCAACUCUUGAGGAACUAUUUACAGAAAAGGGUGGACUGUAGGUGUGGAGAAGAGUUGUGUGUGCAUGUGUGUUUCGGGAAAGAUAGUGUUUGACUACAUUCCAUGCAGCAAAAAAUAAAAGAUGAGAGUGGAGAGGACUCUACAGAAGUCAUUUUUGCAGCCCUGGCAGCAGCACACAGCGGAGCAGGCAGAACGCCAACAUGGCCACAGACGCGUCGUUGAAGCCCUGCCAGAUGGACCGCAGUAGCAGCUUCUUUAAGCUGAUAGACACAUUUUCCACGGAGAUCUCAGAGCUGAAGCAGGAGAUGGUUCAAACAGCUAGAGAGCCAGACACAAAGCUCCUACAAGGUCUGGAAGGGGAGGUGAGUGGCCUGUUCCUGCAGUCGUCGGUUUGCACUGGUGCAGCAGGGGUCCGGGACUCUGGCUAUGACUCUCUAGGCCGGCGCAUAAGUGUGCUGGACAGAUUGACACACACACACCCUGUCUGGCUUUUACUACCACUCAAUGAUGAAGAAGCAAAACGCAUCCUGCAGCCUCAGCCACCAGGGACAUUUCUGGUAAGAAGGUCAUCUAAACUCCAGAAGAAGGUGAUUUCCAUGCGUAUGGACACAGACAGUUCUCCAGUGACUGUGAGGGACUUCCCAGUUACAGAGAGCCAGUACACCUUCUCCUUGGAGGGGUCAGGGAUCAGCUUCGCCGAUCUCUUUCGACUGGUGGCUUUUUGCUGUAUAAGCAGGGAUGUUCUCCCAUUUACGUUGAAGCUUCCCGGGGCGAUCUCUGCUGCAAAGACUACUACUGAUCUAGAAGAAGUAGCCAAGUUAGGAAUAAGAUUCUGGGACUCUAAGCUGUGCCAAAAGAAGAAGAGCUCUGUGCCUGAUGGAUUGGCUGUCCAGCAGGGAGUGAAGCAGGCAGGGCAGAGGAGGUCCCUUGGAGACAAUUUGACACCUGUCCCACGCACUCGAACCCCAUCCCAGUUGGAGUGCAGUCAGUCAAAUGGGGCUCUGUGCUUCAUCAACCCUCUCUUCCUACAGACACACCGCUCUGAACCUGCUUCCACAGAGAUUGUGACCUCAGCAGCAUCUGGAGAAAACUGUGCACUUUCACACAGCAGCAGCUCCUCUACUCAGGUCAAAAGCCAUACAAGGCCUCAAAGCAUACUUCGCCGUGCCAUCAGCAAAGAAUACGCUAGAAACAACGGCGUAAAUAGAGGAGAAAGUUUGUCCCGCUCCCCUCCACCUCGACCACCCCCACCCCGCACCAUCCCUAGUAGACCAGCCGUCCCAAUCAAGCAGAAGAGCAUGCCUGAGACUGGCGUUAGCUGGAUCAAAAUGCCCCAGGAGAAAACGGGCCUGCUGGGGCGCCUGAGUUCCUCGUUCAGCUCCCUCACCCUUUCACCCUCGUCACUUAGCCUCAGCUCACCCAUUCCCAUGCCAUCUUGCCAUGGAAGUAGAGCUUCCAGCAUUCCUGAUGCAGAGGGUCAGCUCUGCCACCUAGCACUGGAGGACCAGAUCAUCGAGCAGGCAGUGUCUCAAAGCCUGGCCAAGCAGGCGCUAAGGAACGCAGCCAUGGAGAGCAGAAGCCCUGCAGAGGAGGGCAGCCCCAUAGGCCGAGAGAGACUCAGUGACAUUAGCAUCUCCACCUCCUCCUCUGACUCUUUGGACUAUACUCCCAGCUUCACACUGCCCGCAGCAGCCAGCCCCUCCAGAGCUGACAGCAGCCUGGAGGAGGAGGAUGAUGAUGGCGUCGGUGUGGAGAGCGAUCAGGAGCUGAGCAUAGAGCCACCCUUCAAGCCCAAGAAGCGGCACAGCGCUGGCACGUUUGUGCUGCCACGGGCACUCAAAGGACAUCUGCGUAAGGUCAGCGGCGUCUUUAAUUCGCUCAUGACACCUGAGAAAAGAGCAGUGAAAAGGAUUGUAGAGCAAUCCCAGAACAAAAGCACAUACUUUGGUUGCCUGGUGCAGGACUACAUGAGUUUCAUGCACGAGAAUUGCAGCUGCCAUGAAUCAGGCCUUGAGCUGCUGCAGACCGUCCGGCAGUUCAUGACUCAAAUGAAAUCCUACCUGCUGCAGAGCUCGGAGCUCAACCCUCCCAUUGAGUCCCUCAUUCCAGAGGACCAGAUUGAUCAGGUACUGGAGAAAGCCAUGCACAAAUGCAUCCUGAAGCCUCUGAAGCCUGUGGUGGAGGCGGCUCUACACAACUUCCAGGUGAGCAGUGGAGUCUGGCAGCAGCUGAAGGAGAACCUGGCAUUGGCCAAAACCAAACAGCCGCAAGAGAUGGGUGUAGACGGAGCCAUGCCACCAGACCCUGUGGCCAUAGAGAAGAUUCGCCAAAAGUUCCACAAUAUGAGCAAGAUGUACUCACCUGAGAAAAAAGUGUCACUACUGCUCCGUGUCUGCAAGCUCAUUUACACUAUCAUGGAAGACAAUUCAGGGAGAAUGUACGGGGCGGAUGACUUCUUACCCAUGCUGACAUAUGUGUUGGCUCAAUGUGACAUGCCUGAGCUGGACACAGAGAUUCAGUACAUGAUGGAGCUACUGGAUCCCUCUCUGCUACAUGGAGAAGGUGGAUACUACUUGACAAGUGCAUAUGGAGCCAUGUCUCUCAUUAAAAACUUCCAGGAAGAGCAGGCUGCACGGGUGCUGAGCUCAGAAACCCAUAACACACUCCACCAGUGGCACCGCAGACGCACAGCUCAGCGCAGCACACCAUCCGUGGACGACUUUCAGAAUUACCUAAGAGUGGCACUCCAGGAACCAGACAGCGGUUGUACAGCUAAAACUCUGCAGGUGCGACCAUACGCCACCACAGAGGAGGUGUGUCAGUUAUGUGCUGAAAAGUUCAAGGUGCAUGACCCUGACAACCAUGCCCUGUUCCUGCUGACGGAGGAGAGCACGCAGCAGCUGGCCCCAGACACACACCCACAGAAGAUCAAAGCAGAGCUGCACAGUCGCCCGCAGAUUCAGGCGUUUUACUUCAUCUACCGCCGAAUCCAGAACCUCAGCCUUACUGCUCCAGCAGACGAAUUCAAUGGCAACUCAGUGCCUGUCUGAACCCGAAGCUUCUGAAGCCUGCAUUUCCUCUCAUAUCUAUAAGUUUUUUCACAGCACCACAAAGCCAAUAGUGCUGUUUUGGAAAUGUUUGCAUCUGAAGGAAACGGAAAAUGAUGCUGUGCCCUGAGGAAAGAAGGAAGGAAGGACGUGUCUGACAGAUGCUGCAUUUUCAGCUCUUCUUUGUCUUUUUUUAAUCUUUUAGGAACUGGAACGUGAGUAUCACAUUUGAGGAAGCUACUUUUAUGUUGUAUACAAUACAAACGUUCACUAUGAAUGUGCAUGUUCAUAAUGGAGCAAGGCCUAUUUAAUAGCUGUUUAAAGGUUCUCUUUGCUGAGGAUUUUCUAUACAGCUUCAGUAUAAAUAAUGCAGUGCUCUACAUGACUGCUCUUUUUUAAAGGGCAAAAUGUACUUGAUAUGUUUUAAAUAGCCUGCUAAUGCUCAUAUGGUGGCUGGCUUCAGGAAGCUGCUUAGCCCACAGUCCGACAUGUCGUGUAAUACGAGCAACUCUACUGCCAAGGACAUGAAGGAAUAGAUAUCUAUAUCAGACUUUACACUUUGCAUUUUUAUAUACUGAAAACCUAAUUGUUAACAUUUUUUAAAAACCGUUUUUAUGCAGUUGCUGGUAAACUGCUUUCUUUUAUAUAUGAAAAAAAUAAUUAGUAUAAUAAUGCAUGUAAUUGCCGGUUAAGAAUAUCAACUAAGAAGCAGGCAGUGUUGCCAGUGAUGUUUUAUAAUAUGUGUUUUUGUAUGAAUGAAAUCAUGAGUCAGCGCUGGUAGUUAAUCCGUAUUCCACAAACAUGUUUAUGCUCCCAUCCCUGUUAAUUUAUAAAACACUUUUGGAAUGAAUAUGAAUAUAAAUAAAAUCUUGAAUCCAAGUUGUAGAGAAUACUGUACUACUGACAAGCUAAAGGCUUGUGUGUGAAUAAUUCUGAGCUGCAUCUCAGUGGUUUAUGGUCCUUGCUGGCAAGUUUCUGAAAGUGUGCAGUGUAACAGGAAGGUUGUUUGAGAGUGAGCAGGAGUAGAAUGUAAACAAAUUAGAAAGGAUUAUCUGGAAGGUUAUAAAAGAAUGUGAUUACAUUCAAUGGAAGAACAUCUCAAGCAGUGGAUUUUAUACACAUUUUACUGUAAAUUCUGAUCAGGGAACAAUUGAGUAAAUUGUGGGGUUUUUUUUUUUUUUGUUUGGUUUGUUUUUGUUUAUCAUAAGUUUAUGCCUAACUACAAAGAUUAAGAUUUACCAAGUGUGUGAUUUCCUGUUAAAGUGCUGUGCAUUUUUUUUUUUAUGUCUGGAUAUCCAUGGUAGAAAUGUUAAAGACUGUGAUAAGUAGGCUGUCUGGUAAAAUGAGACCAGAUCAGUGCAAUACGCUAACCCCUGUAGCAUUGGCAGAAACACGUCAUGGGCAUCAGGACAAACAUAAGACGUGAUGUUAAAUUGUCUUUUUUAAGUCUAAAUGUAUAAUGUAAAUGUUUUUUUUAACUAGAUAUUUUAAGGUUGAUACGUAUAUAUUUAUGCGAUCUGUGCAGGGAUUUAUCACAGAUUUUUUUUUUUUUUUUUUUUUUUUUUGGAGGGGGAAAAAAAAAGAAAACCUUAAUUCAUAUGUCUUAAAAUGUUUCACUACUAGCACUCCCAUAAGUGUAAGUUUUGUAUGUGGCAUUUAUUCAUGAACAAUACUAUUUUGCACACAAUAAAAUAAGAAUAUAUACA